GUCAAUGACCCUUAAACGUUGACAUGAAAACGAAUAAAGAGAAACGUCAAUGUGUCAUCGGAAUUGAUUUUUGUUUUUGUUACAAAAAGUUACACAUUCACAACAAUAGUAAAAGACGCUUCGAGACAAAAUGGCCAGUGAAAGCAGUUCAGCAAUGCUGGACAUGACAGAUGCUGACUCCGACGAUAUGGACAUGCCGACUCUCAUGGACGAUCAGGAGCCAUCACCGCUCAUCAUGGAGCACGGCUAUGACAUUGCAAUUAAGGUCGAUGCCCCCAUAAAACAGCUGUCGACCCUCGAGACGUAUGUGACGUACCGGGUGCGUUGCGUGUGCGCGCGGUGGCCGACCCCGCCCAGCGUGAGACGACGGUACAAUCACUUUAAGGUGCUGCACAAGCGGCUGUCGGCGGCGCACCCCCUCACCGCGGCGCCCCCCGCGCCCCCGCUGCACUCCGCGCGCCAGCAGCUCGACAGAUACUCGGCGUCGUUUGUCGCCAUAAGGACCUUAGCCCUCAACGCGUUUCUAGAUCGCAUCGCCAAACAUCCGAUCCUGACACACAGCGAAGACUUCAGAUUGUUUCUGACCACGCCAGAUGAGGAAAUCGAUAAGGUGUUCCGGAGUGAGAAUAACGCGUUGAAUCUGUGGGGGCUGGGCAGCGCGCUAGCGUACGGUGGGGACGGGCGUCACUCCAACGGAGUCCGAGUAAAAGAUCCAGAGUUUUCAUCGGCAGUCGACUACCUGAACGCUCUACAAGACAAGCUGGCCACCCUCUGUGAUCUGACCACGAAACUAUACAGGGGGACCGCCGCCCUCGCCGCCGAGUACUCGAGCAUGCAGCGCGUGUGCGACGUGUGGUCGACGCAGUGCGGGGCGCGGUGCGGGGGAACGCAGCGGGGCGUGCGGGGGGUGUCGGCGGGCGCGGGGGCGGCGGGGCAGGCGGCGGGGGGGCGGCCCUCCCCCUCCCACCGCGCCGUGCUGCCCCUGCUGGCCGCCUACGCCGCGGCCCAGGCCGAUAAGAUAAGGCAGCGGGACAGGAUGCACGCGGAAUACGUGUCUGGGACGGACACCAGCGACGACCUGCAGAACAGAGUCGAGGAGGCGACCGAGGCUCUGCGCAGUGAGCUCUGGUCGUGGACCGCCAAGACCCAUCAGGACAUCAAGGGCGUCCUGGCGUACAUAGCCACCAGACAGGUGUCGGUGCUAGCGCAGUCGCUGCAGGGCUGGGAGCAGGCGCUCCGCGUGGCCACCGACACGAGCGUCCACCAUUUGUUCCAGACGGUCUCCAAGAAUGGCGUCCGCAACUUGUCCCCCACCACGUCGGCGGCCCCCCACGCGUCCCCCCAAGCGGACCCCCUGCGCCCCGACUCGCCCGACGGCACGGACACCUAACCCCUCCCCCUCGCUCCCUCCCGACAAUAAUACGAUGCAUAUCCUCGUAGAAGCUAAAUUCGAAAAUUUUUAGGUAAUUUAGAAAACUUAACCAGACUUGAUCGUUUUUGUGUCACUUUGUUCCAAUGAAACUCCUUCGAGUGUCAGACGACUCGCGCGUGGGCGGUGUCUAUGUAACUAAUUACUCGUAUCGCUAUAACUGCUAAACAAAAUGUUCUUUUAUUAACUACCAGCUGACCUGGCAGACUUCGUAGUGCCUCGAUCGAUAAAUAAAAGACCUAAACUUUUGUAUAAAAUAAACUUAAAACAAACAAAAGGAAUCCGUCCGACGGGGGACGCAUCAAAGGAAAGAACAAAAUUGUUAUUUUUAUUUAAUUCCGAGCAUUUGCAUAUUUAUAUCUACCUUCUAAACCUUCUCUGGACUUCCACGAAUAAUAAUAAUUCAAGACCAAAAUUAGCCAAAUCGGUCCAGCCGUUAUCGAGUUUUAGCGAGACUAACGAACAGCAAUUCAUUUUUAUAUAUGUUACCGGAAAUGUAUGAAAUCAAGGAAUUGUAUACAAAUCCUAGGAAAUGUGUACAAUUCCGAUACUAUUUAGGAAAUGUAUAAAAUAUUGUUUGAAAAACUAUUUAAUGCAUAGAUAUCCUAGGAAAUUUAUAAAUUUCCUCGGAAUUGUAUAUAAUUCCAAUAUCGUAUUAGGAAAUGUAUAAAGUAAAUUCUUUCUGUAAUAAAACACGUUGUUAUUAAUAUUUUUUUUAUAUAACACUUAUUGAGACAAUCGGGUAACAGUCAUACCGUAAAAUAAUAAUAAUAUAUUCAUAUUAUCUUACUAAUUAAAACUUCUAAAAUCAACUAUCUAUUAACUUUUAACGUAUCACAAAAUCAACUUAUAUUUAUUCUUACAAAAUCAAAUUUUCAUUUGGCAAGUAAUCAGUCUGAUAAUUAAAUAAUUAUAAAUGUUAAAGUAUAAAAGUAAAUCUUUGUAUGAUAAUACUUUGUCAGUUGAUAAUUAAAUAAUUAUAAAUGUCAAAGUAUAAAAGUAAAUCUUUGUAUGAUAAUACUUUGUCAGUCCAUAUAGCUAUUUAUUUUUGCAGGGUAAGCUCGAAUGGCAUUUGGAAGUACAUAAUACUUUAUUUUUAAAACACAGACAUCUUGAAGUAGCACAGUUUUUCUUGCAAAGGCACUUCUUAAAUCCCUGGCCGGUUCCAGUGGAUUGCAAGUUGGCAACUGACCGUAGUGCAAGACUCGUCCCGCUGUCCCCGCGUACCCACCAAUAUCUUAAAUGUUUUACAUUUCCGAUUGCUAUUUAGGAAAUGUAUAGAUUUCCUAGGAAAUGUGUAAUGUGUAAGUAUAAUAUAACUUAUUUCACACAUUUCCGUGCGAUUUUAGGAAUUACAUACAUUUCCUAGGAAUUGUAUACAAUGACGGAUUACAUACAUUUCCGUUAACAUAUAUAUAAAUAGAAGAUAGAUUGUAGCGGCCAUAGAUAUGCCGUACUUGAUAUUGUUAUUAUAUUUUGGACUUGAGAACUGAUUUCAGUAAAAUUCAAAGAUGUUCGUUUUUUUAAAACCAGUUGGCGUGUGUAUUCUGAUUUUUUUUCCUACCUAUUCUGAGAGCCUUGAGAGGCUAUUUCAGCGGAACCUUAACUAGUAGGUGAGCUCACGGGACUCAAACCUGACGACGUUGCUAACACGAACCCUAGCAAGAGCUGUGCUUGGCAGAAUCUACCACCGGAUCGGAAGCGCGACCCACUGAGAAGAUCCGGCGACAAACUCAGUGGGCUGUGUCUGUGGGUUAAUUUACUCGUCGAGCCCUUCGUCCCAAGCGACGGGUUCGGCGAGAACGAUGACCGGUGCUUGAGGUACCUAAAAGCACCGUUAGUGGAUCGGGAGGAUCCGAGAUGACGUGUUUGGGGCGACGUCGACCGCUUUCCAUUGUAUUCUGAAUCGUAUAGUUUUAUAGGAUAGUGGGGGUCAGGGAACAAUAUUCUUAUCCAAUUGCAUCCGCACAGUUUCUAGCGUCACACACAGCUCGAUUCUAAUUGGUAGCAAAAAAAAUUACAAAAAUACCAAUAACUAAAAAUACAAAUGCAAUAAUUUCAAGGAUCGAAAUCCCCACCAUGACAGAUGUGUGAACCACUACUUAUUAUAAGGUACUUAUCAUACCGGUCCCUUAAGAUAUGAUUCCCUGUACUAUUGGCAAUUGGAGAUAAAUAUACACAUUUACAUAUCGACGCUUGAAAGGCAAACGUGACUAAGCGACAAUGCGUGAACUUUACAGUAGACUAAUUUCAAGUUGAAAUACCUGAAAACAAAUUCUAUUUUAACGAAUCUAGCUGUAGGAUUGAAAUGAUUUUAAUAGACAUAGAAAAAACAUUUUUUUGCACAUCGAAUAUGGUUAUUGUCUAUCAUUUAUGUACAAAGCAGUUAUUGUUGCUUAGUCACGUUUGCCUUUCAAGCGUCGAUAUAUACGUUUAAAUACAUCAAUACUGCUUGUCUGAUUUGCGAAUCGAACCCACGUCCCUCGGCCCGGCGGUCACAUGCACAAACCACUGCGCCGCCGAGUCGCCAAAGAUGAGUUAUCGAACAACUGAGCUGUGCCGGGAAUUCCCCGAGACUUAAACAGUAGUAUAGCACAUUGUACCAGCAGAUCAGGCGAAGCACUACUCUUGCUAGGGCUAGUAUUAGCGGUAGGCAGCGGCUUGGCUCUGCCCCUGGCAUUGCUGAAGUCCAUGGGCGACGGUAACCACUCACCAUCAGGUGGGCCGUAUGCUCGUCUGCCUACAAGGGCAAUAAAAAAAAAAAAAAAAAUUGCCAGUACUGGGUGAGCUCACCUACAACAUUAGGUGAAGCUAAAUAGUCAAAGCUACAAGCAUAAAUCAACAAAAAAAAGUACCAACCGACCUCUAUCCUUCAAGUGCCUCAAUCGAUCAAUACAUUUUGUUACAUUGACAUGCCAAGCAAAAUUGAUAGGUAAUUCAAAUUCUGGAAAAAUUUAAAUGUGUGUACAUACAUACAUCGCGACAAACUGCAUGUCUAUUCUUCAAUUUAUUCAUCAUCCUCUCCGUUGUAAUUCUAAUGAUGUGAUCAAUGGCGGAUCCAGGGGGGGGGUCAUGGGGGUCAUGACCCCCCCCUGAGCUGGUUCCGGGACCUAGGUGGACCACAUAUUGAACAUAAUGAUUUAAGGACACAAUACUUAGUCUGGCCAUAAAUACUGUUACAAUUAAAAAUAAACAAAAUAUUACAUUUGAAUUUGGAAUCUGUCAUUUUUAUAUGAUUGCUCAUUGAGUUUUUUCAUUUUGGCGCUAAUACAUUGUAUAAUAUUUUGCGAUAUUAAAAUGGAGUGGGGUGAUAAAGAAAACCGAAUCGCUGUGAUUGCAUUACGCAAAGUAGGAAUGGAGCCAAAGGCAAUUUUUAAAACUCUCCAUACGCUUGGUAUUAGUAAAAUGUUUGUGUACCGGGCUAUUAAUAGGUGCAAUGAGACCUCCUCUGUUUGUGACAGCAAAAUAUCUACCCGUCCACGUAGUGUUCGUACGAAAAAGGUGGUCAAAGCAGUAAGGGAAAGAAUUCGAAGAAAUCCUGUCCGAAAUCAAAAGAUUUUAUCUCGGGAGAUGAAGAUAGCACCUAGAACCAUGUCGCGUAUUUUAAAAGAUGACUUAAGACUUGCAGCCUAUAAGAGACCUUUUUUUUUUUUCGCCGGAUCGCCGGACUUCCGCCCUUCACUGGGGAUGGAGGGCGGGGCAUGUCGGAGUCGAACCGACUAAAACCUCCUGUCUCUCAACAACCAACGUCCAAACCUCGCAUGAGACAAAACUCAUGAAAAGGCAAAGGGGGGAAAGUGAAGCGUUUAGUGCGGAAAACAUCUCUCCCAUCACCCUCCACCUCGGGACGCCGGACUGGCGGUCGUCGGCGCCACGACCACCAGCCCUCUCGGUCGGCAGGCUAUCCGAAGCCCGCCUAGAUGGCGCCGGUUAGAAUGGUCAUAUAAGAGACCUAGUGGUCAUUUCUUAACUGAUAAUUUAAAAGAAAAUGGGGGGUAAAAUCGAAACAACUACUGAAACGGUACGCAAAGGAAGGUCAUAGAAAAAAUUUGUUUACGGAUGAGAAAUUUUUUUUACAAUUGAGCAACAUUUUAACAAACAAAAUGACCGUAUUUAUGCUCAAAGCUCUAAGGAAGCUUCCCAAUUAGUCGACAGAGUGCAACGUGGGCACUAUACGACUUCAGUGAUGGUUUGGUGGGGUAUCAGCUAUGAAGGAGUGACUGAGCCAUACUUUUGUGAAAAAGGUAUCAAAACAUCGGCACAAGUGUAUCAAGAUACCAUUCUUGAGAAGGUAGUGAAGCCUCUUAACAACACCAUGUUCAAUAAUCAAGAAUGGUCCUUCCAGCAAGACUCGGCGCCAGGUCAUAAAGCUCGGUCUACGCAGUCUAGGUUGGAAACGAACGUUUCGGACUUCAUCAGAGCUGAAGACUGACCGUCGUCUAGUCCCAAUCUUAAUCCGCUGGAUUAUGAUUUAUGGUCAGUUUUAGAGAGUACGGCUUGCUCUAAACGCCAUGAUAAUUUGGAGUCCCUAAAACAAUCCGCACGAUUAGCAGUGAAAAAUUUUUUCAUGGAAAGAGUGCGUGCUUCUAUUGAUAACUGGCCUCAACGUUUAAAGGACUGUAUUGCAGCCUAUGGAGACCACUUCGAAUAAGCUUUUUAUACUUUAAAUUGUUUUAUAUUUAUGUAUUAAACUAACACACUGUAAAAGUAAUAAAUGUUAUUUGCAAUAGAAUUUUUUUUUCCUUUGUUUCAGUAUUUAUGGCAAGACUAGGUAUAUUGUUGCUCCUUAUAUUGCUCCUUAAUUAAUUUAAUAUAAUAUAAUAACUUUGUAUGAUGGCAAAUGUUUGGGAACGAACGCAUCGAAAAUUUGAAUUUUACCGCGCCACACUCGCGCGCGCUUGUCGACUACGUAACGUCUAGCUAGGCCUAACCUCAAAUUGAAUCCUAACCUCAAUCGGAAUCGGAACGACUAAACUUCAACAUAUAUGAUAUGAACAUAGUUCUAAGUUAAAAAACUAAAAUUUAUUUAUACCUUUCAUAUGCUUAUAAUAAAAUACCUACUUUUUACUUGUAUCUAUUGUUAUCAAAAUUAAAUUAUAAGUUCUUGACUUGACCAUGACUAUGUGACCCCCUCCUGGCACCAAAGCUGGAUCCGCCCUUGGAUGUGAUACUUUAUAUAUCUCGUGGCGUGUAUAUCUAAGUCGGUGAUCAGCAAUUAAUGUAUAGCUGGGUACUCACCCAGCUGUGUAGCAUGUAACGUAACAGUUACUGUAUCAACCUGCAAGUGGGUACGGCUUGUCCACGGGCCACAGCGUAUCUAGCUACGAGCUGCCAUGAGCACACUGCGAGCCGCCUUUGUGCUCGCAGUGAUACCGCCACUCGGCGGGUCACUGCGAGCUUGCUGCGCUCCUUCUGCGAGCGGCUCGCAGCGGGCUCGUGCCUACGUACUCACUGGAUACUGUAUCUGUUACGUUACGUGCUACAUGGCUAGGUGAGUACCCAGCUUAUUAAUAAAAUAAUUACGAUUUUUUUAAUAUCAAGUUUAUUAUUGUGAUUAACUUGUCUAACGCAGCGACAUAUGAGAAAUUGAACCGUAUAAGUAAUUUUAUGUGUCUGGAGCCUGCAAAUAUUCUAGAAUGCUUUAGAUUUCUCCCUGUACUCUAGUGUGUACCUUGUACCGUACUGUGUAACUUGUACCGUACUGUGUAACUUGUACCGUACCUUGUAUUGUACGGUAUACAUUGUACCGUACUGUGUAUCAUGUACCGUACUGUGUACCCUAACCCGUACUGUUUACCUUGUACCGUACUGUGUACCCUGUACAAAACUGUGUAUCCCGUACCGUACUGUGUACCUUGUACCUUGUGUAGUCUGUAGUUUGCCUUGUAGUAAAUGAUGUUUUCCAUAGCAGUGGUCCGGUAUAUCUGCUCCAUCCAAAACGAUGUCCUUUAGAAUUAUAUAUUCAGAUCGGCUCUUCGUAAAGACGAAGUCAUAUUGAUUCUAGUGUUGUAAUUACAUAUUGUCUACGUUACGCUCUCUAGACAAUAAUAUAUUGUUUGUGGUAAAAAUGUUCGGACAUUUAGUUUUUCUAAGACUCAAAUAUCGGACAUUCAGUAUUCAGUAUUACGCUAUAGCAUAAAAUAAAAUAAUCGACUUCCAUGAUAUGUUUGAUUGUAGAUUUUAUUUUUAUCUACAACCAUCCGAUUGUUUGGGAGAACGUUAGUAGGGUAUUUGACACCGAAUCUAAAUCAUACAUUUAUAAAAAAAAUGUAUUGUUUAUAUGGGUGGACGAGCUCACAGCCCACCUGGUGUUAAGUGGUUACUGGAGUCCAUAGACAUCUACAACGUAAAUGCGCCACCCGCUUUGAGAUAUAAGUUCUAAGGUCUCAGCAUAGUUACAACGGCUGCCCCGCCCUUCAAACCGAAACGCAUUACUGCUUCACGGCACAAAUAGGCGGGGUGUUGGUGCCUACCCGCGCGGACUCUCCAAACAAUUACCAGCGAUGUAAUGUUGUAGAAGUAUUUAUUGUAUUAAAUUGUAAUAGACAUAUUGUGACCUAAAAA